AUGGAUGGAGGGUGGCGCGUCGCUUCAGAGCGGGGACUCCGCGCAGCGUGCGAGCGCACGCAGUGUGGUCGGGGAGGAGGCCCCGCGCAGCCGCGAGGCCUUCAGGUCUCCAGCAGGCCCCGCAGCCUCGAGCAGCGCUGCAGCACAGACUGCCGCAGGCUGUCCGGCAUCGCCUCGAGCUUCGCCUGGAGCGCCUGGCAGCGCAGCGCUUCUCCCACCCUCUGCGGGUGUCCUCCUGUGGCACCUGCGAAGGCCCCGCCGGCUGCGGACCGGCGCCGCCAGGGCUCGCGCGCCCCGCGGGACUCCCGGACCGGCUGGCGCUCUGGCGGGG